AGUGAGGGGAAAGCAAGUCAGCCUCGCGAGCUAAACUUCUCUGCAGCCCAGGAGCCGGAGGAGGGGGAAGAAAAAGCGCAGCAGCGGAAAGCCGUGAUUCUCGGGAGCCUCCCACCCCGCCUCUCCGCGAGGAGGGCGCGGAGACUCCGCUGGGGGCGGAGGAGGAGGCCGGGAGGCGGGGAGGGGGGAGGCAAACCCUGCCCACUCGGCUCCGAGCCCGGAACGGCCGCUGAAGUCGGAGGCCGGCACACCGGGCGAGGAGGGCACCGGGGGCGGGGGGCUCCGCUCCCCCCUGACCCCUCCAGCCCCCGCCAGGAAGUGGAGGCUCUUCGGACUUUGGAGAGAGCAGACGGGCCGACCGCGACUUCCAGCCUCUCCGGGUCAAGGACUUGCCCCGCCCGUCCCCCUCCCCGCCCCAAGGCGCUCCGAACUCACUGGUGAGCGCGGCGGCGGCCCAGGCGCUGGAUGCGGGGGCAGCCGCGAUGGCCCCGCGCCCGGGACAGUCGGAGCUCCGGGGGCCGCUGCUGCCGGGGCUGCUGCUCGUGGCGGCGGCGCUGAGCCGGACCGCUGCGACCUGCCCCUUCCAGUGCUACUGCUUCGGCAGCCCCAAGCUGCUGUUGCGCUGCGCGUCGGGCGCCGAGCUCCGGCAGCCGCCGCGGGACGUGCCGCCCGACGCGCGCAACCUCACCAUCGUGGGCGCCAACCUGACGGUGCUGCGCGCUGCCGCCUUCGCCGGCGGGGACGCGGACGGGGAGGAGGCUGCAGCCGGCGUGCGUCUGCCGCUCCUGACCGCGCUGCGCCUCACGCACAACAACAUCGAAGUGGUGGAGGACGGCGCCUUCGACGGGCUGCCCAGUCUGACGGCGCUAGACCUGAGCCACAACCCGCUGCGCGCCCUGGGCGGCGGCGCCUUCCGUGGGCUGCGGACGCUGCGCUCGCUGCAGCUCAACCGCGCGCUGACGCGGGGCGGCCCCGCGCUGCUGGCCACUCUGGACGCCGCCCUCGAUCAGCUGGACGAGCUGCGUUUCCUCGGCCUGGCGGACAACGCGCUGAGCCGGCUGCCGCCCGCCGCGCUGCGCCGGCCACACCUCGAGCAGCUGGAUGCGCGCCUCAACUCGCUGGCCGGCCUGAGCCCCGACGAGCUGCGUGCGCUGGAGCGCGAUGGCGGCCUCCCCGCUCCGCGCCUGCUGCUGGCGGACAACCCCCUGCGCUGCGGCUGUGCCGCGCGCCCCCUGCUGGCCUGGCUGCGCAAUGCCACGGAGCGCGUGCCCGACGCGCGGCGCCUGCGCUGCGCCGCCCCGCGGGCGCUGCUCGACCGGCCUUUCCUGGACACCGACGAGGCGCGGCUGCACUGCAACGACGGCCACGGUCGCGGAGAAGAUGUGGAACUCGCCAGCCCGGAGCUGGAAGCCUCCUAUGUCUUCUUCGGGCUGGUGCUGGCGCUCAUCGGCCUCAUCUUCCUAAUGGUGCUCUACCUAAACCGCCGCGGCAUCCAGCGCUGGAUGCGCAACUUGCGCGAGGCCUGCCGGGACCAGAUGGAGGGCUACCACUACCGCUACGAGCAGGACGCCGACCCGCGCCGUGCCCCUGCCCCGGCCGCCCCCGCGGGCUCCCGCGCCACCUCGCCGGGCUCCGGCCUCUGAGCUGCUCCGAAGGGGGUUGCCGGCUGCCGCUGCCAGCUGACCUUGCAGGGGCACCCUGGCCUCCCCCUACCUGGCCUGAAGCUGUGGGUAUGAAGCACCCGCAAGCUGGGGCUGUCAGACCUGCCCCUGUCUGAUUUGGAUUAUGCUUCCCCCACUCCUGGCUCCAAGCUUUACCCCCACUCUAGGCCUGUAAGAGCUUUCACCAUCAGAGACCUAAAGACACCUCCUUCUGAUCCCAGAAACCCCAUCCUCCCAUCCCAGGCUCUGACUCAUCUCUCCUGGACCACCCAAAGCCCCUUCCCCCUUUCAGGACGCAUCAGAGACCCUGUUCUUCGAUCCUAGCCCGGAGACCACCGUCACCACCCUGCUCUUUGAGCCCUGAACUCUUAGCCAGAACAUCAGAGCCCCUAAGACCUAAACAGACCCUCCAUCUCCAUCCUGCAGACCACAACUUCCUUUCUAGGGCUCAGGCACCCUCACAUCCCAUAUCGGUCCCAGAGCAGAGCAUCCCACCGGAAGGUAUUUGUGGACUUCGAGCCUUUUCUCUCAGCCUGGAGCUCUGAGCCCUCCCUCUUGCACGGAGACCCAUAUCCUGGGGUACUGAGGAUUGGGCGCCCUCUCCCAAUCUGAGGUGUUUCCUACCUCCCACCACCCAGCGCUGGCUCAGGCCCUCUCUUCCUUAGCCCAGGCUUGGGGCUUAGCUGAUUUCUGUCUCUUAUCCCAGGGGCAGGCACACCCCGUUUUAGCCUGGGUGGCGUGGAUCCUUGGCCUGUCCUCCAGCUCUGCUCUGCGGUUACUCAGUGCUUGUCCCAUCUCAUACCCUCAGCCCUCCAUCCCCAGUCUGAGUUUCAUUCCCUUGCCCAAGUCUUAGGCUCUUCUUCCCCCCAUGCCCAUGGCUUGCACUCAUUACCCACCCCUGCCACUCACUAGGUCAGGCUCCAGGGAGGAGUUCAUCUCCGGGGUCUGCACACCCUUCUUUCCUCCCAGGAUGAGCACUCCAGCCCUGCAAGACGGGUGCAGGUGCCAAGCACCCCUCCCUACCCAUGUUGGCACAGAUCUCCAAGGGGGAGGAGAGAGUCCUGAGGAUGCAAAGUGGAUGGUCUGGCCUCAGAACCAGGGUCACUGGUCCAUUAGGACCAGCGUGGGGUGGGGGGGCUCAGGACAGGGUGCUGCUGCCCCCAGGCUCAUUCUCACCUGUGUGACUCUUCUCCCCUGGGGAUUCCUUGCCACUGUGCACUCACCCCACAUUCCUUCCGGAAGAGGAAGGGGGUCCUGCCUCCCGUCUCAGGCACAAGCCCUCCUGUUCAGGGUCAGAGCCUUGGUGCCCUGCCUUCUGCAUGAUCCCAAAGCACAAUGGAGAACAGGGAGGGGCUGCCUCUCCCUGCCUCCCACCCCCUAGGUCAGGCAGAAUGGCUGCCCUGUGCUGUCACUGCACACAGGAAGUCACCCUUCUCCAACAUACUGGCUUGAAGCCUGCCUCCCCACCGCCAUCCAAAAAUCUGGAUCUCCCUUGGGCAGUUUUCUAUAAAGUCUGCAAUAAUCUCAGAGCUUCUGCUCUUC